AUGGCACAGCGGCCUCGAUUGAUAGAGGAUGGAUCCAUAGUCAGGGCACGGCGGCCCAGAUGGAUAGAUUAUGGAUCUAUGUCAAGGCCCGUCUGUCACGUCAGCGCCCCAGUUGUCUCCUGUCCCGUCGGCGCCCCGGCCGUGCCCCCACCUACUCUUGUCCCGUCGGUGCCCCGGCCGACUCCUGUUGUCCCGUCGGUGCCCUGGCCGACGCCUGCACCUCCAGUCCCAUCGGCGCCCGGCCGACGCCCUCUCCCGCGGGGCCGCAGCUUUCCCCGGUCCCGUCCCGGAUGGGCCGCAGCCUUCCUCUGCUCCCAUUUCCGCUGGGCCGCAGUGUUACUCUGCCCCCGUUUCCGCUGGGCCGCAGCGUUCCUCUGCCCGAGAGACCAUGUUGCCAUAGCCCCAGGUCCGAGAGCCCCUGUCCAAGAACCUCAGUCUCGAGAGCCCCCUUUCCAAGAACCUCAGUCUCGAGAGCCCCCUGUCCAAGAACCUCAGUCUCGAGAGCACCCUGUCCAAGAACCUCAGUCUCGAGAGCACCCUGCCCAGCCUCCAGAGUCCCCUGCCCAGCCUCCAGAGCCCCCUGCCCAGCCUCCAGAGAGGAUCCGUCAGCCUCGAGAGCCCUGUCCCCGUGGCCGACCUCCAGAGAAGCCCCGUCAGCCUGGUCGUCCUCCUGUUCGCUCCCCAGAGGGGUUCUGCCUGUCCGCCUUGCCUCAGCCUUCGAGUAUUCCCUCCUCCAGACCCCUGCCACCCAUCCGGCUGAGGAUUCUGACUCUGCGACCUCGGAGGAGUUCUCUUGGAUUCUCCACGUGGAGGGUAAUGACAAGGCAUCCCGGAUUGAUAGAUGACAGAUCGGUGGUCAUGGCACAGCGGCCUCGAUUGAUAGAGGAUGGAUCCAUAGUCAGGGCACGGCGGCCCAGAUGGAUAGAUUAUGGAUCUAUGUCGACUCCUGUCCUGUCGGCGCCCGGCCGUGCCCCCACCUACUCUUGUCCCGGCGGUGCCCCGGCCGACUCCUGUUGUCCCGUCGGCGCCCUGGCCGACGCCUGCACCUCCAGUCCCAUCGGCGCCCUGGCCGACGCCUGCACCUCCAGUCCCAUCGCCACCCCCGCCGACGCCCUCUCCCGCUGGGCCGCAGCUUUCCCCGGCUUUGACCACAGGGCCUUCCGAUGGAUAAUGACCAUGGUGUUUGCAGUGGAGGAAAUAAACCGUAAUUCGAGCCUGUUACCAGGUGUUAAACUUGGCUAUCGAAUUAUGGACAGCUGUGAUCAUGUCCACACCAGCCUGAGAACUCUUUUGUCUUUAGAAAAUGUAACAGGGGAGAUAUUAGAUAGCAGUACAAAAUCUCAAGCUUUACCCUCAUGUCUGUCUGAUUCUUCUGUGUCGGCUGUGAUCGGCCUUGCAUCCUCUUCCCCUACAAGAGCUGCAGCUCACACCCUUGGCCCUUUCAACCUUCCACUGGUGAGUUAUUUUGCCACUUGUAGCUGUCUCACUGACAAGUAUAUGUACCCGUCAUUCUUGCGGACUGUGCCGAGUGAUCUAUUUCAAGUUAGAGGUCUUGUUCAGCUGGUCACCUUCUUAGGCUGGCUCUGGGUUGGCACAAUAGGGACUACGGAUGACUACAGUCAAUAUGGAAUCCAAGCAUUUUCCAACCAGUUAAGACAACAAGGUGGGUGUGUGGCAUUUCAUUUGACCAUCCCAAAAUCACCCACAGCAGCCGAGAUACAAGAAAUAGCAGACAGGCUACAGAGUUCAACUGCAAUGGUGGUGGUGGUCUUUGGAAGGGAAGGACAGCUGCUGGACCUUUUCUUAGAGCUGGCUCAGAGAAAUGUGACAGGAAUCCAGUGGGUAGCUAGUGAAGCCUGGGUGACUGCUAAUAUGCUGACCUCAGCCCGCUUCCACCCUCUCCUAGAGGGCACGCUGGGCUUCUCCUUUCCUGGAGUCAGGAUCCCCGGCUUGAAAGAGUUCCUGUUGAAUGUCCGCCCUUCUCCCAAACCUGGAAUGGCAUUUGUCAACAUGUUCUGGGAAAAGCUGUUUAGCUGCAGGCUAGAGUUUAAAGAUAAAAGUACUGCUGAAAAACCUGUAUGCACUGGUUCAGAGGAUCUGAGGUACACUGACAGCAGCUUUACUGAUGUAUCUAAGGUCAGAAUAUCCUAUAAUGUUUAUAAAGCUGUAUACGCCAUCGCCCAUGCUCUUCACACUUUAUUAAACUGUGAUUCUGCAGAACAUUACGGAAUGUGUGAGAAUCAUAAAUCAUUCACUUCUAGUCAGUUGCUGCAUCAUCUGAAGACAGUGAAUUUCACCAACCAAUUUGAGGAGAAGGUUUAUUUUGACUCCAAUGGAGAGCCGGUCCCUCUCUAUGACAUCAUUAACUGGCAGAAGGACAGCAAGGGGAAAAUUAGAUUUAUAAAAGUGGGAAGCUAUGAUGGUUCCGCUCCAUUGAAAGAACAGUUGCAGAUAGAGCAGAGCACCAUUGUGUGGACCACAGGACAGUCACAGGUGCCUUCAUCUCUAUGUAGUCCUCCAUGCACCCCUGGCACCAGACAGGCCAGACGUCCAGGAGAGCCCAACUGUUGCUUUGAUUGUUUGCCCUGUGCAGAUGGAGAGAUCAGCAACCAGACUGGUUCCACCGAGUGCACCAAAUGUGCAGAAUACUACUGGUCAGACAAAGACCAGGUGAAAUGCGUUGCUGGGGUCGAUGAUUUCCUCUCUUUCCACGACAUCAUGGGCAUCAUCCUGGUCACACUCACACUGCUGGGCGUUGUCCUGACAACCAUCGUCACUGCCAUCUUUCAACGUUUCCGGUCCACACCGAUUGUCAAGGCCAACAACUCAGAAAUAAGUUUCCUGCUUCUCCUGUCCCUCAAGCUGUGCUUCUUGUGUUCCCUGGUGUUCAUUGGCCAGCCAUCUGUGUGGACAUGUAGGCUCCGCCAGGCAGCAUUUGGGAUUAGCUUUGUUCUCUGUCUUUCCUGCCUACUCGUUAAGACCAUAGUGGUUCUCUUGGCCUUUCGUGCUAAUGUACCUGGUUCGAGGCUGUUUGGUCCCUCUCAACAGCGGACUUUGAUCCUCUGCACUACAGCUCCUCAGAUUUGUCUCUGCGCUGGUUGUCUUUUGGGUGCACCUCCUUUCCCAUUCAAAAACUCAAAUUACCAAGCCUCAACUGGAAAAAUUAUUGUGGAGUGUAAGGAGCCAUGGCCUCCUGGAUUUUAUCUGGUCCUGGGCUACAUUGGUCUACUGGCCUUCGUCUGCCUCAUCCUGGCGUUCCUUGGUCGCAAGCUACCUGAUACCUUCAAUGAGGCAAAACUCAUCACCUUCAGCAUGCUGAUCUUCUUGGCCGUGUGGAUCUCUUUCAUCCCAGCUUAUGUCAGCUCUCCUGGGAAGUUCACUGUGGCUGUGGAAGUAUUUGCUAUAUUAGCCUCCAGUUUUGGACUGUUGCUCUGUAUUUAUUUGCCGAAAUGUUAUAUAAUAUUACUACAGCCUGAGAGAAACGUUAAGAAAGGAAUGACGGGAAAAUAUCUCACAUGA